CGAGCCUCGACAACAUCAUUCAACCAUACUCGUCCGCCUGUGCCACCUCCAUCAUCCUCUCCAUCAGCCAUCUCUCAAUCGAUUGAUCACUCAUAAUGGACUACCAAAACCGCGCCGGUUCCAAAUUCGGCGGCGGUGGCGUGGCAUCACACUCGGCCACCAACGCGGACCGCCGCGAACGGCUACGCAAACUCGCCCUUGAGACCAUCGACCUCGACAAAGACCCGUAUUUCUUCAAGAACCACGUUGGCAGCUUUGAGUGCAGACUCUGCCUCACGGUCCACCAGAAUGAUGGCUCGUAUCUCGCACACACGCAGGGCCGCAAGCACCAGACCAAUCUGGCUCGUCGAGCGGCGCGGGAACAAAAGGAGGCGCAAAAGGAUGGACAAAUGCUUCCAGGCAUGAUGGGUGUGCAGGUUAAGAAGAAUAUGGUCAAGAUCGGCCGCCCAGGAUACAAGAUCACCAAGAUCCGCGAUCCGCUGACAAGACAAGUCGGGUUGCUCUUCCAGCUGUUGUAUCCGGAAAUUACGCCAGGCGUAGAGCCGCGAGUGCGCUUCAUGAGCGCCUUUGAGCAGAAAGUUGAAGAGCCAGAACGAGACUACCAGUAUCUACUUGUGGCCGCGGAGCCGUACGAAACAUGUGCCUUCAAGCUGCAGUCACGCGAAGUCGACAGACGGGAGGGACGGUAUUGGACGUGGUGGGAUGCUGAUGCGAAGGAGUUCUGGUGUCAAGUGCUCUUCAAGACGGAAAGAGAUGAGCGGUAUAGCAACGUACCGGGUCUUGCGCCAGUGGGAAGGAAAUGAUUUGAUGUUCCGAUGGAGUGACGACUGAGAAGCAGCAGUUAUGGACAUUUUUUGGGCCGUGGCGUUGAUGGGGUUUUCUCCCCCAUCGGCCAAGGGCAUAGACCCAAGAGUUAUGGCAUGGUAUCUUAUGUCGGAUACAUGGGUUCGACCGACAAAGAUCCUCUGCAGGUGCUCCGGCCUUUCACCAAGAAGAACGGGAAAAUCCGCAUUCCACAUGUCCUUCAGGCACAUAACUCUCCACGACACCAGGCAGAGGUUCCAUCCACACUAUCUCCGAUACCCGUUUCGGAGACAUGCGAGAUUGCCUGUGCGACGACUGUAGGGCCAUUUGAGAGAGAUGAUGCGCGAGAGCGCGUCGAGUUUCAGGUAUCACGGGUUUAGGAUCUGAAAAUCUAAGCUUCGUGACGGCGAGGGCGGAUACGCAGGAGGGACUGUGGUGCGCUGUUUAUGUGGGCCAGUAUGUGUCAUGCGACUCAGUUGUGUGUCAGUCGCAUGAUUGCAGAGGGCUGGAACAUAGCCACGUCUGCUGAAAUGACAACCACCACUCGGCGUCCUCAUGGGUGCUCGAGCAGGAUGUGAAGAAGAGCAGGCAAGAAGUCAAGUACAGACUCCAGCGACGGGCGAUACCAACUUGCUCACAGGGCAUGAAAUCGUUCGAAGCAGAAAAGUGCGGAAAGCCAAUGUCAUCGCAUCAAUAGCACCGGGAAUAUAUCGUCCUUGACCCCG